AAAACUUAUUGUUCAAAAUAAUUUGCAAAGGUUUUGAGAAGGCUUCACAAAGGCGCGGAUUGAACCGCCAAUACUCCACGCCUUCAAGCGAUCAUCAGAAUCAAAUUUGACAACAAUUCCCCGGUCCAGGGUUUAAGCAUUCCCAAAUUCUUCUUCAGGACAGAAACUCAACUCAACAAUGGAGUUUGGCAGAAGAAAGGCGGCAACUUUAGCCACCAUGAACUCCCCAGAACCAGACAAAUCACCCAAAGGCAAUAUAGACGAACCCAUCAUCCCACUCCUCAACCUCCUCAACUCCCACCCUUCCUACUUCACCACCAGCUCUUGCUCUGGCCGCAUCUCCAUCUUCUCCCACCCUGUGGACCCCGCAAACUCCAAGAAGAAGGCCAAAGGUGGGUCCUGGCUCUUCAUCUCCCAUGACUACCCAGUGGAACCCACCUCAGUCCCCCCCCUGCUCUUUCCCUCUAAUCCUACCAACAGCUACAACGCCAACGAGCUGGUGUUCAAAUUUGAGCCUUUGAUCAUUGCUGUGGAGUGCAGAGAUGUUCAGGCUGCCAGUUCAUUGGUUUCUUUGGCUAUUUCAUGUGGGUUCAGGGAGAGUGGGAUUACUAGUGUGAGUAAGAAAAGGGUUAUUAUUGCAAUAAGGUGUUCUAUUAGAAUGGAGGUGCCUUUGGGGAAUACUCAGAAAGUAAUGGUGUCGCCUGAGUAUUUGGACUACUUAAUUCGGGUUGCUAAUGAUAAGAUGGAAGCUAAUAAGAAAAGAACUGAUCUUUUGUUUGAGGCAUUGGUGAGGAAUGGAUAUGGAAAGGUAGCCAAUGGAAUUGGGGAAGGGAAUGGUGAACUCGUGUGUGGCGAUGAAGACGAUUCAGAGUGUCUUGAUGGUGAAAAAAUGGAGUCUUUGGGAGAUUGUUUAAGUUCUGAUGACGAAAGGAAAGAUCUUGAUGACAGCCAAUUGGGUAAUCAGUGGUUUUCGAUCUAUGUUUUUCUUGGUUCUAUUUCUAUGGAUUUCAUUAAGGAAAGUUACAUCUGUACUUUUCUAAAAGAGUUUGUUUCACAUUAUUGUUGCUGUAUAUUUAGGUGAGGUAAUAGGUUUCAUUUAUGUGAUGAUUUGCAUGCUAACAUGGGGUUGUGAAUGGAAUGUGACUUUAAAAGAAAGAACACUUAAUGAAAGAUUGGAUUGGGAGGUAUGCAGGGGUUCUUGGUAGUUUCUCUCUGUAUUGACUAUUUGUUUUAUGACGAAGCAUGAUGCAACAUAUGAUCCACAUUCGGAAGGCCUCACAUUUUGGGAUAAAAGGCCAAUUGUUGCUGUCGUUGUUUGUCAUAUUUUGCUGUUUUCAGGCUACAUUGUUUGCUGUUCUUUUGGUGCCCCGAAGCAUUUCCUGAAGUAAAACUGCCAGAAUGUUCUCAAACUAUGAUCAAAAUGAGACUAUUGAUGGGUACAUGGGCUUGUGAAUAUGGGAUACACUUAUGUUCCAUAAUAUUGAAUAUGCCUUCCUACAAUUGUAUACAGUCUAAAUUUGCUUGAUUUGUGCCACCUUCUUUGUUCCAUUUGUAAACAAGCUACAAAUUUGUACACCCAAAAAAUGUCAUACUCAGUGACAUUCUAUUAUAUGUCUGUUUGCAGGAUGCUCUGCCUUAACUUGAGUAGAAUCUGAAUAUUUGAAUGGUUGACAGGAUCAUCAAAACUUCUCGACUUAAAGCUAUCUAUGUCACAUAUCAACAUCAAUGGCCAACCAGUGGAGAGGCUUUUCCUGUGGGGACACUCUUCCUGUGCUAUAAGUUAUGAUAAUUGUAUGAAGGUACUCAUAUUUGGUGGUUUUGGCGGCAUUGGAAGGCAUGCACGAAGGAGUGAUUUGUUGCUACUUGAUCCCAUUGGUGGCGAGGCUAAAGCAAUCAAUGUUUCACAGUCCCCAUGUCCCCGUAUUGGUCACUCAUCCACCGCUCUGGGGGAUUCUAUUUAUGUAGUUGGAGGCAGGGCUGACCCAUUAACUAUCUUGGGUGAUGUAUGGAAAUUCAAAAUUGGAGCAAACGAAUGGAGUCUGGUUCAAUGUUCUGGGAGUCAGUUCAGUCCAAGGCAUCGGCAUGCUGCAGCUGCAAUAGGUUCAAAGAUAUACGUGUUUGGUGGAGUCGAUAAUGGUGUAAUAUUAUCAUCCCUUCAUGUCCUUGACACCCAAACACUGCAGUGGGAUGCAAUACCAAUCCAAGGGGAGUGGCCAUCUCCACGUCAUUCUCAUUCAAUGGUAGCGCACAGGGAUAAUUUGUACAUGUUUGGUGGAUGUGACGGAGAGAAAGCUCUUGGAGACCUUUAUGCUUUUAAUGUUCAAGCAUGCAAAUGGAAGAAGGUGAAUGUGGCUGGAAGAGAACCAACUGCAAGAUUCUCACAUUCAAUGUUUGUUUAUAACAAUUAUCUUGGCAUUAUUGGGGGAUGUCCGGUUAGUAAACAUCAUAAGGAAUUGUCCCUUCUUGACCUGAACUCUUCUGUUUGGACGCAUUUUAUGAUAAACUCUACCGGCAGUGACCUUUUUGUUCGAAGUACUGCCAGCAUAAUAGGUCAUGAGUUAGUAAUGAUUGGUGGUGGGGCAUCUUGUUAUGCUUUUGGAACGAAGUUUAGUGAACCAACAAAAAUUAACUUGCUUCCUGUUAAGUCUCUUGCUGAUACUGUUUCACAUGUGAAAAAUACGGAAGAAUGUAUCAAAGGUCAGAAACCAGAAUCCGCAGACAAAAGCAGGCUGAUGAGAAGUGGAAUUGUUAACCCUACUGAAGUUUCUGAUGAUAACAUAGGACAUGAACGGGUUCCUUCAUAUUGUGUUCUUCGACUUGAAAGGAAAUACGCAAAAUUUGGGAAGGACAUACUGAAGAAAUUUGGAUGGUUGGAUCUUACGAGAAAGGUUUGCUCAGAGGAAGAGGGGAAGUAUAUUUACUUCCCAAUUCUCAAGAACUUUUGCACUCUAUUCAAGGAUACCAUGACUGGGGAACUGGCCGAUAUUCUUGCUGCACAACCAAUUGGUCCCGAGAGCCUUUUAGUAAAAGAUAUAUCUGAAACUGCUGCGUUGGACACUUUAAGGGCAUGUGGUGCAACAAAACUGGAGGAUAAGGUUAUUAAGGUGAAAAGAGCUCCGGUAUCUCCUUUACAAGCAAUGAAGGAAGCUGUGGCAUCAUUGGUGGGGAACAAUGGUCUACCACUCCAUCUCUUAGAGGAGCUGCCUUCGAGAUGGCAGCGACUAGGGGAUAUUGCUCUGCUUCCUGUGACAUCAUUCAAAGAUCCUGCUUGGGACGUGGUAGCGAAAGAUCUUUGGCCUGUUGUUGCACAGUCGAUUGGUGCUAGUCGUCUUGCUCGACAAGGUCCAAUAGCAUCUACCGGAACAAGGGACAGUACUCUGGAGAUACUUGUUGGAGAUAACGGAUGGGUUGAACAUCGUGAAAAUGGAAUUCUAUACUCCUUUGAUGCAACCAAAUGCAUGUUUUCAUGGGGAAAUCUCUCGGAGAAGCUCAGGAUGGCUAAUCUCAACUGCAAAGAUGAGAUUAUUGUGGAUUUGUUUGCUGGAAUCGGUUAUUUUACCUUGCCCUUUCUUACAAGGGCUGGUGCCAAACUAGUAUAUGCGUGUGAGUGGAAUCCCCAUGCCUUAGAAGCACUCCGUCGUAAUCUUUCUGUUAAUGAGGUCGGAGAUCGAUGUGUCGUACUCGAAGGAGAUAAUCGUGUCACAGCACCUAAAGGAGUUGCUCAUCGAGUCUGCCUCGGUCUGCUGCCAACAAGUGAGGCCAGCUGGCUCACUGCUGUUAGAGCAUUAAGAAGUGAUGGUGGGGUAAUGCACAUCCAUGCGAACGUGAAGGACACAGAAGAAUCUUCCUGGAUGGAACACGUCUCACGAUCAAUCCGAGACAUUGCCACAUCAGAAGGUUAUUCUUGGGAAGUAUCGGUAAUACAUGUCGAAAGAGUGAAAUGGUAUGCCCCUCAUAUCCGGCAUCUUGUUGCUGACGUGCAAUGCAGGAGGAAACUCUAAUAUUAUGCUAUCAAACAGCACCAUUUGUAUUAUCAAAAUUGACAUUAGUCCUAGUUAGACGGGAAUGGGGUGAGGCCUCAGGGAGAUGCAAAAGACGACGGGGUAUAAGCCAUGAUGUGCUGCUGCAUUUUUUUUCACUCAGAGCAGCUAUCCGAUUGGGUGGGUUGGGGGGGGGUUUGGGGGGGGGAGCCUGGAGAUGGUUGGAAGUGGAAGUGGAAAUUAUGUACCAAGCAGGGUAGAACUAGAUAAUAUCGACUCAGAGCCCUAUAGAGUUACUAGCUCAUUAUGUAUGGGGUCAAUUUUGUUGUAUGAGUUUCAGCCUGUUAAUAGAAUUAGUUAAAUAUAAAAGUGAGGUUUAUUUCUGUCUCAAUAUUGUCCCAUGGAAAAAUAUAUAGUUGUAUUUGGUUGAAUAGAUCAAAAGGAUUCUUAUACAUAAUGUUUAGUUUUUGUCAAAUUGGUGGUCAGAGGUCUCGAUACUUGAGUUGACAAACAGUUGUAUACAUCAAAUUGGUGGUCAGAUUUUUCUAAUAUAG